GACAGGACGCCUCCAUAAAGGCUUUUCUUGUUGUAGGAUAUUUGAUUGCUUAUUCUUUUGCUCUUUUUUAAGGGUUUAUAUAACAAAAGGCUUUGAUGACUUCUAUGAUUCAUUGGCUUUUACUGAGCUUCUCUUUUUCUCUUCAGAAAGUAAAGUUAGUUUUUAAUUUAAUUAUUUCUUAAAAGUAAAUUGUAUAGCUGAAUGCUGUAUUACUCUGACGUUAUUCAGUGCAGAUUCGUAGAAAACUUAAUGCAGUAUUACCUGGCCUGUAUAAAAGAAUUGGAUUGUGAUGUGAUUUCCUGCUGUUUUUUUUUUUUUUUUUUUACACUCCCCCUCCCAGUGAAACUCGAACAGGUUCCUACAUGAAAUCUGCACCACUGAAAUAGAUUGACACACUUGUCAUCUGGAUUUAUUUUGAAAGUGCUGAUUUGAGAGUACUGAAGGCUGACAGUCGCGUUUGUGUUCAAGUGAACUUCUCCAGUUGGGCCCUUUCGGAAUUCAAGUUUUAGUCACUUGGGUGUAUAUUUUCCUUUUUCUUUUUUUUUAUUUCAUAAGACAUUUUGCUUGAAGAUGAUUUGGUGUGGUAGACGACUUCAGAGUGCAGGCUGCCAGAGGUUGCUCGGUGUGGGGCUGCUUGUGCUCAUGGCGCUAAAAGUGAGGUGUGAAGGGGAAAAGACGCUGGGUGAGGACCCUUUCAGAAUUGGCUGCAGACUGACGGAUAUGGCAAAGAGUCUGCGCCUCAAUGUGGACUCGGUAGUUGGAGCCCAUACAACCGAGAAGUGUUUGACGUUCUUGGACAUGGCGCUGCAGUUUGUAGCCGAAGGGGCUGCUGGAGGCCUGAACGUCAUCGUUGUUUACAUGGCUGAGAUUCUGCGUGCCACUGGACUAGGUGAUGUUGUGUCCAUGCCUCACUUCACCCCUGAGGGCAUGGCCUUAGCAGCGAAAUGGAUGCUCCUGGCGGUGUUUAGUUACUGGAUCCUUUGUGCCGUGAUGCAUGUGACUGUAGCAUUGUUACAGCGUGGAUUCUGGAUGCUGAAGGUCAUCAUGCUCCUGUGGAUCUUCAGUCGGAUCAUCAGUGAUCCAAAGGCCUCCCCUGAAACCACGCUUGUGCGUCUGUUCUUGCUGGCCAUGGUCGCCGCCGUGUUGAAUGUAGCCACUAGCAGGAGAAGAGGGACAGACCUGAGCACCCUGGAGAGUCAACUAAAGAGGCUGGAGGGCAAAAUGGCAGUGAUGGAGAAGAAAAGUAAAAGAGAGUGAGAAGAGACUCUGCUUGAUUUAGGAAUGUAGUUAGUGGAGAUGGAGAGAUAGUGGAAAGAUAGAGACAGUUAAAUAGACAGUAUUGAGGACAUACUGGACUAAACAGCUUUCUAUGGUUACUUAAAUUUUUAAAUCAUUUUAGAGCAUAUAUAUAUAUAUAUAUAUAUAUAUAUAUAUAUAUAUAUAUAUAAAUCCCCCCCCUAACUUACAAUGUUGCUGAGUUUUUUGAAGUUGGCGACAAGUAACGUUGCAUAUAUAUUCUAGCUAAUUGACUCAGCUUGAUUGAAUGUUUCCAUCAUUAAUUAUGGACCUAAUGGAGAUGGAGACGCGUGGUGUCAUUUUAAAGUAAGUGUACAAGAGUACAAUGGAACUAAAGAACAAUAAUAAAAAAAGAAUAAAGCAUUUCAGUACAUGCUGUUCUGGGAAAAUCAUCAACACCAGGGUUGUUUUGAUAUGAAGUGGAGGCUUUACAGGUGAUGCUGAAACCUUUUUACUGAACAUUAACUGUUCCUCACAGAAAUGUUUUCUGUCUGCUGUAUGUUUAAGUGUACUGUAGGUUCUCACAAGAGGAACAAUAAAUGUAUUACAGCAAAAAGAUUAAUAUAGACUGUUAGCAAGGCGAUGACAUCAUGACUAUGACAUCAUAGUGAUGAAUGUCAUAAUGCUCGGGCCAUAAUAAAUAAUCCUUAAAAAAACAAAAACAAUAGGGCCCUCGUACAUUCUGACAUUAGGCUUAAGUGCCUGGGCCCUAAUAAUGUUAAGAAGAACAAGAGGGCCCUUCACACACAAUGAUAACAUAGGGCCUCAAUAAUACAGAUAUUGUAAAUUAAACAAUUAGUUCUGACGGUGUAAUCUGAUUGGACGAGGGGUAGGUGAUAGUGCUGACAGCAUAAUAGCAAAUAACAGCACUGGGUUGUUUAAUUAUAUUAUAUUAUACUCUGUCACUGGUGUCUCACAAUAGUUAAUUACACUGUCAGUCAUAGUAUGGGGGGAAAAAAAGGUCUGUAUGGAUAUGUCCCGUCAAAACCCACAUUUAAAACCAGUCAUGGAAUCACUUUUCAGAAAACACGCCUGAUAAUGGACACUUUGUCUCCUUAGUAACUGCUUCUAAAUAGUUCAGAGGCAAUUCAGAGGCAAGGUCUGUGUAAUGCUACUUGGGAUUCAACCCCAGAACUUUAAAGAAGUUAACACUACUUUUACCCAUUAAUUACACUAGCUGUCAGUCGCCAGAUCCUAUAGUCAGAUAGCCAGAUCCUAGUUAGUUGUCUGUUGCAGUAAUCUAAUGAUCAUGGGACUGUUUUGUGAAAGCAAUGUCUCGAAUGAGGUUGUACUAAAUAUCAGCACAUCUGUGAUAUCUUUAGUACUCUGCUGCAAACUUGUCCCCAUGACCACAGUACUGAUAUUCGGCACGACAGCACUCCAUCUCAUGUGAUAUUGUUGAACUAUACACAAAUAUAUGACUAACUCUUAUUCAUCCAUUUUUUUGGAAUUCUUCCAAGGUGCUUUUACAGACUAAUUUUGAUGUACAGACAUAAAAGGGGAAAAAAAUUGUUGGUUCAUUUUUGGUUUAAAAAAAGGCAAUAAGGAAAUUAGUUUUAGAAAGACACUGAAAUUCCAGAUAUGAAUUUAAGGCUGAAAAUAUUAUAAUAAAUAAUAAUAACAACAAUGUUUUUCUGUUUCUUUGUGUAUAAGUAAUGAAUAAUUAAGCAUAACACAAAUGUUUGACAUGAAACUUAACACAAGUCUGUGUAAAUACUGUACGCCUUUUAAAAUGAACAAAAUCAAUCAAGGAAGUUUUUUUUUUUUUUUUAAAUGUUUAUGUACAAGACACACAACUGUAAAUAUAAUACAAAAAUAGACCAACACUGCAUAAAACAUUACAUGAAAGAGAUAAAUAAAUACAAAGGUGUCUAUGUUUUUAAACAAUUACUUCAAGAAGCUGAUCAAAGGCAAACAUUAUUGAGUAAAA